AUGGCCGCUCCCGUCAGCAAAUUACCAAAAGACUUCUUGUGGGGGUUCGCAACAGCGGCUUUCCAAAUCGAGGGUUCAACAAGCGUCGACGGUCGGGGUCCGUCAAUCUGGGAUAGCUAUUCCAGAAUCCCUGGCAAGACUCUCGAUGGGAGAAGUGGAGAUGUUGCUACCGAUUCUUACCGGUUGUGGAAGGAAGAUCAGGCGCUGCUGGCUGAGUACGGCGUCAAGGCAUACCGCUUCUCACUUUCCUGGUCACGCAUUAUCCCGCUGGGAGGUCGGAACGAUCCCGUAAAUCCUCAGGGAAUCAAGUUUUAUUCGGACUUCAUCGACGGCUUGUUGGAGAAGGGAAUCACACCUUUCGUCGUGCGUGUAUUCCAUCCACUCUCGCUUAGCUCCUUAUUGACUGGCGUUCCCAUGCCCCACAUGAAGACCCUCUAUCACUGGGAUCUUCCUCAAGCUCUCCACGACCGCUACGGCGGCUGGCUAAACAAGGACGAAGUUGUGAAGGACUACACCCGCUAUGCCAAGGUCUGCUUUGAAGCGUUCGGUGAUCGCGUCAAGCAUUGGUUGACUAUUAACGAGCCGUGGUGUGUCUCCAUUCUGGGCUACGGACGUGGUGUCUUCGCUCCUGGACGAUCAAGUGAUCGCAGCCGCUCCCUCGAGGGCGACUCGUCGACGGAGCCAUGGAUUGUUGGACAUAGCAUCAUCUUGGCACAUGCUCACGCCGUCAAGGCAUACCGUGAGGAAUUCAAGCCAAAGCAACGCGGCCAGAUUGGCAUUACAUUGAACGGUGAUUGGGAGAUGCCGUACGACGACAGCCCGGAAAAUGUUGCUGCCGCCCAACACGCCCUUGAUUUCGCUAUCGGCUGGUAUGCGGACCCCAUUUACCUCGGCCACUAUCCCCCAUACAUGAGGACUGUCCUUGGGAACCGUAUGCCCGACUUUACGCCCGCUGAGUGGAAAGUCGUAAAAGGAUCAUCCGACUUUUAUGGCAUGAACACGUACACCACGAAUCUCGCCCGCGCUGGUGGCGACGACGAGUUCCAAGGCUUGGUCGAUUACACCUUUACUCGUCCAGACGGCUCUCAGCUUGGUGUACAAGCCGAAUGCGCCUGGUUGCAGGAUUACCCAGACGGGUUCCGCUCUCUUCUCAACUAUCUCUGGAAGCGGUACAAGACGCCUAUCUUUGUGACUGAAAAUGGUUUCGCCGUGAAGGGCGAGAACGAGAUGCCCUUGAGCAAAGUUAUCAAAGAUACCGACCGAGUCAAUUACUUCCGUGGUACCACUGCCGCGCUCUUGAAAGCGAUCAAUGAAGACGGCGUUGACGUCAGGUCUUACUUCCCAUGGAGCUUCCUCGACAACUUUGAGUGGGCUGACGGAUACGGCACUCGCUUUGGUGUCACCUAUGUCGACUACGCCACCCAAAAGAGAUAUCCCAAGGAAUCUGGCAAGUUCUUGGUUAACUGGUUCAGGGAACACAUGCAUCCCGAUGAUGUGAAGAAAUCCCCCACUGUCGUCAAGGCCUCCAACGGCCAUGCAAUCUCGACUGCUUCUGGAAAGAGCGUAGAUCGUGGUCUGACUGCCUGCGUGACUGGAUAUCUCGCAUGGGUGUUCGCCAUGGUCAAAUCGGUGCUGCUCCUUAGAUAA